GUGUGUGAGAGAGAGAGAAAGAGAGAGAGAGAGAGUCGACAUCAGCAGCCUCCAGAAUCAUGCUUGCCAAAUGGAGAAAGGGAAGCUCAUCCCUUAAGAAACAUCUAGAUUUUUUCAUAUUGCAGGCCUAACUGGAAAACAAUAUAUUGACCUGGAAAUUAUUAAAGCGAUUUUAUUGCCAGAAGCUUCGGAUUAUCAGACAUCUUUUUAUUGCUGGUAAAUCGCAAGAUCCAACUCGGCGAGGCUGCCCUACAUUUUCUAUUCUAUUUUCUCUAUGCGUUUUUUAUGUUUACAACAGCUCAUGGACAUCUCUUCAGGAGGAUGUUUGCUUCAUCCAUAAAAGCGUAAACAAGAAAUUGAAAUCGAUGGAAGAUUUCCGGACAAAAAUACGGGAAUGAGGUAAAGAGCCGAGGCGAGAAGCAAAGACAGCUUGACGGACAUUGUGAGCUCGAAAAAUACAGCCGCACACAGAAGAUGCACAAUUAAUCACAACAUCAUCUAUUACAUCUCGAUACUCAGGACUGUAUCGGCACAGUAUGUAACACAGUUUCUUAGCAUCUCGUUGUUUUACAGCAAAACGACGAUAAAUAUUGUCAUCCAAAACGUUUAAUUGUAAAAUAAAUAAAUAAAUGAAAUAGGGCGAGUAAUUUCGCCCGACUUUUUUUUUUGUUCAGGUAAUAUUUACCUUUAGAUCAGUGUAACGUGAAAAUGUUCCACUGUGAUUUUGUGCACUAAAUGCAAUCAAGCGAUUGCAGGACGUGGAGGUAAAAACCACAGCGUUUACUUUAAGGCCUGAAAACGAAAUGUGCUUAAAGAGAAACACACUCUGAAACAGCCUGACUGACAUUAAGAUACACGUGCCUCUUAAAUAUGAUCAGAACAACUCAAGGGUAUUGAGUUCCCACCUACGCUUCUGUGUUUUCCCAUAAUAUGCAACACACUGUUUGGGAUCACUGACUGCACCCUUUUUUUAUCUGGACAAUCAAAUCUGCAGGUGUACUUUUUUCAGGAUACCAAAGUAAUAGUUCAGGCGAGAUGGGGAGUGAUGGUGAAAUUCUAAGCCACGACUUGGCAAAGGUGUCUGACGAGGACUUGUUGGCUUGCUCUAAAGAGGAGCUGGUGAGUCGACUGAGGAGAGAGGAGUCAGAGAAGAUGUCGGCGCUCAUUCAGCGUGGGCGCCUAAUCAAAGAGGUGAACAAGCAACUUCAGGGACAUCUGCUUGAAAUCAGGGAGCUCAAAGCCAUCAAUCAACGGCUGCAGGAGGAGAACCAAGAGUUGCGUGACCUGUGCUGCUUCCUAGACGAUGACAGGCUGAAGGUGAAGAAGCUGGCACGAGAAUGGCAGCUAUUUGGUCACCAUGCUGCCAAAGUAAUGCGUGAUGACCUGGGCGGCUACCUGAAGAAGCUCUCUGACCUGGAGCGUCUGCAGGACGGUCUGGUCAAGGAGAAUCUGGACCUGAAGGAGCUGUGUCUAGUGCUCGAGGAGGAGUGCGUUAGCAGGAGUGAUUCCAGCCCAGGGGGAUCGACGGAGCUCAACCUGCCAUGUAUGGUGGCCCGGGACCUCGGGGAUGGAAGUUCGAGCACUGGGAGCGUUGGCAGCCCUGACCAGCUCCACUUAGUAUGCUCACCUGAUGACUGAGCAAGAGAUCAGAGAAGGAAAGAGGAUAAUAGCCAUUAUCCCUUUAUUCUUCUCAGAGAAUGACAGAGAAGGGCCUGAAUGAAGUUCUAAGGGCCAACCCACCGGAGCAAAGAAGUUUACGAUUUUAGUUGUCAUCAAACAUCUCAACUGCUUAUUUUGGACAAACAUAGGCCAUGUUAUUUUUUUCUUUGCGUUUACCUUUAGACUGGAUUUAAUUUUACCCCUUCAAUGUAGAUAGACUUUACUAAUGUGAAUGAUAUUGCUUUGGUUUGGAGAACAAGCAUGAUUGCAAUAGUUUUAAGCUUUACUUUAGCUCUGUCAUAUUGUGUUUAUUAAUUUUUUGAAAAGAAAGUAGUACAAGGUCACUGGGAGCUCCCUACAUGAAUCUCUUAUAAAAGUGGUUGUAUAUAGGAUUAAAUGAACAACUGGCUAUUUAGCACCUGUUUUUACUGCACUGAAAAGGGGGUCUCAUGUUCUGAUGAUGCACUAAACAGGGCUGAAACAAAUCCCAAAUGAUUCAUGUUUUUAAACUGUGUAGAGCCAUAAAAUGACCUCUUUGAGAUCAUGCACAACAGCACUGAAUCAUUUUCACUGGUCUCUCAAGACCUUUGGUAUAAAAUGAAUGGGUUAACAGUUAUUUGGCUGUAUGAAGUAUGAAAUCUGUGCAUUCAGAAUUAGUACACUUUCUCACGAUUAUGAAAAUUGUUACAAUAACCAUCUUUUUGACUACUACUCUGGACACCAUUUGAUUCUUUUUUUUUUUUUUUUUUUUGCAUUGAUACAUUUUAUGACCUAACUAUUCACUGUACCUUUUUGUGUUUUUGAUAGUUUACAUAGCUAUGUGCUAUGUUUACACACUGGCAACUGCACUGGGUACAAUGAUGCUUAUGAAUUUGUAAUAAUGUAUAAUUAACUAUGUUCUUUAACUUUUACCUAUAUGUUUUGAUUUAAAUGUACAUGAGUAUUACAUUAAUGCUUUUUAUUUCCUGUUUAUAUCAUAAGAACCUGAUUUUGUGGCUUUGCUUUUGGCUGUUAUCUUUGGGCCAUGGUUGUUGUUAGUGGGAGAGCUUUAAAUACACUUGAUUAAGCUUGAUUGAGAGCUCUGAAUGUGUAAUAAUCUUUCUUGUGUGCUAGGAGCCACCUAGACAAAAGACUGCAUAUAAACGGAACACUUUAUUGA